UGGUGGUAAAUUUACACGGUUAAUUUACUGUUUCCUUUUGUCUGUGUGUGUGAUCAACUGAUCAUGUGAGACCAAAAGUCAGUUGAUCCAGUGAUCCUUUAUCCUGACCAGGACUAGUAAUAAGUAAUUUGAUGCACUAGCACUACUAUCACUUCAUGUCAGUAAAUUGAUCAACACUGGAUCAUGUCAGUGAUACCAAAAGGUAGAGAGAGAGAGAGAGGGUCCAAUCACCAAUUGUUCCAACGAACGACAGGUACAAGUACUACCUGCUCCCAGGCAGCACAACACUACAACAGCCAGUCCUCUUCUUGCCCUCUCUUCUCUUCCUCCUGCGCGUAGUGUGGUAGAUAGGAGUCUAGGGGCACGCAAUCUGAAGCGAAGGGUUGGGUUGGUGGUGUGGAGGUGGGGUGUCCAUGGGAAGGAAGCCGUGCUGCGACAGGGCGGCCGUGAGGCGGGGGCCGUGGUCGCCGGAGGAGGACGAGGCGCUGCGCAGCUACGUCCGGCGACACGGCAGCGGCGGCAACUGGAUCGCCAUGCCCAAGAAAGCCGGGCUCAAGAGGUGCGGCAAGAGCUGCAGGCUGCGGUGGCUCAACUACCUCCGGCCGGACAUCCGGCACGGCGGCUUUACCGACGAGGAGGACGCCAUCAUCAUCUCCCUUUAUAGCCAGCUCGGAAGCAAGUGGUCGCUGAUAGCGUCGCAGAUGGAGGGGAGGACGGACAACGACGUCAAGAACUACUGGAACACCAAGCUCAAGAAGCGCUUCGCUGCCGCCGCGGUGGCCUCGACCCCUUCCCCACCACCCCUCUCGCGGCUGCCGGCGCCGGGCCCAGCACAUGUGGUCACGCACGCGUCGCUGUUCUCGCCGCUCGCCAUACCGACCGUGAAGACUGAGACGUACACCUGCGACGACUUCCUGGCGCCGGCAGCGCUUCGGGAUCCGUUAGCUGCCGGCGGGUGCGCGGACGCCGCCGACGGCUCCACCUCGGCCUCCGCGGCGUCGUCAGCGUCCAACUGGUCGACCGACAACGGUGCUGCCAACGCCGGCGAGGGGUUGUUCCUGGACUUCUGCGCGGGCUCCGACCUUGGCGCCGCUGACCUGCUCCAGCUUCCCGGUGGCUACUACUACCCUCUCGAUCCGAGCUUGUCUCUGGUAUAGCUCCCCUGUUCAAACGACAGUAGCGGUAGGAUCAGUACACGUCGACACAUGUGCAUGUUCUUGGCAUCGAUCGGUCACAUGUUUAACCAAAGCACGCCUUAUCAUCGCUUCUUCAGGCCGGUGAUGCAUGCUGGUCACGUCUUGUCUUCAUGAGAAAUUUCCGGUGAAAAUUUAAGUAGCCAUGAGGAAAGGAAAACUACUUGUGGUUCAAAUGAAA